CUUAAAUCCUGAGUGUUUCUUAUUGGUGACGUCACUACCGCCUCCCCCUUCCUCUCUAUGUGAGCUCAUCGCACGGAAGUUCGGCCUCUUUCCGGUGGGGGAUCCGAGACUGACUGGUCUGCUGCCAUGAAGCUGAAUAUCUCUUUCCCAGCCACUGGCUGCCAGAAGCUCAUUGAGGUUGAUGAUGAGCGCAAGCUGCGUACUUUCUAUGAAAAGCGUAUGGCCACAGAGGUUGCCGCAGAUCCUCUGGGUGAUGAAUGGAAGGGAUAUGUUGUCCGCAUCAGCGGUGGAAACGACAAACAGGGCUUCCCAAUGAAACAGGGAGUCCUCACCCACGGCCGUGUGCGUCUUCUCCUGAGCAAGGGCCACUCUUGCUACCGCCCCAGGAGGACUGGUGAACGCAAGCGUAAAUCUGUCCGCGGCUGCAUCGUUGAUGCUAACCUGAGUGUCUUGAACUUGGUUAUUGUCAGGAAAGGUGAGAAGGACAUUCCUGGUCUCACUGACAACACCGUUCCCCGUCGCCUGGGUCCCAAAAGGGCCAGCAGAAUCCGCAAGCUGUUCAACCUGUCCAAAGAAGAUGAUGUGCGUCAGUAUGUGGUGAGAAAGCCACUCGCCAAGGAAGGAAAGAAGGCCAGGACAAAGGCACCCAAGAUCCAGCGUCUUGUGACCCCUAGAGUUCUGCAGCACAAGCGCAGACGUAUUGCUCUGAAGAAGCAGCGCACUCAGAAGAACAAGGAGGAGGCAUCCGAGUAUGCCAAGCUGCUGGCAAAAAGGACAAAGGAAGCUAAGGAGAAGCGCCAGGAGCAGAUUGCCAAGAGGCGUAGACUGUCUUCACUGAGGGCAUCCACAUCCAAAUCUGAAUCCAGCCAGAAGUAAAUCCUCAUGGUGUAACAAAAUAAAUCUUGUAAACUUAAUGACA